AUGGUGGAGCUAGCCAUUCGAAGGCGGAGCCGUCGCCUCGGAGUUGCUUUGCUGUUUUGCUCACUGCUGCUUGCCAAUGGGCCUGCUGCACUUGGCCUAAGCUCGACCUCCAGCGCUGGGGCGGCCGUCGAGCGAGCCGGUGGUUUGCGGAUCAUGUUGGGGUCGGCAGCCAUUGGUGCCAUCGCAGGCGGGCUGACCCUGACAAAUCUGCCCAUCAUCAGCACUUUCAGUAUCCCUAUCGGCGCUGGCGCGGGGAUUUGGUGUGCACAGUUGCCCGAAGAUGCCCCUUUCGCAAAAGCCGGUGACAUUUGCCGGUCCCUCGGACAUGCGGCUACGAUCUUCUUCAAAGAGUUCCAGUCCGAGUACAAGAAGCAGUCCGACACAUGA